CUUGCGUCGUGUUUUUCAUGUUGUGAUCGUAUAUAUAGUUUAUAAUUUUCGUUUGAUCAACUUCACGACGGUUUUUUUGACGAAAUGGGGAUGUAUGUGGUUGUUUUCAGCGUCCUGUGUGUUCUGACUAUUAGUUGCCAGCAAGUGCCCGAUUCCGAGGAUCACGUAGUACAUUAUAUCAGUGUUUUCAGUCCUAUCGGAUACCAUUUUCACUACAAGACAAGGAAUGGAGUGGAAAGAAAAGAAACUGGCGUUGUAGACUCAAACGAUGACUUAAAGGUGGAUGGAAAUUAUGCUUUUUAUUCCUCAGAUGGUCUUAAAUUUUCCAACGUCUACCAAGCGGGAACACAAGGCUUUGUGCCCAAAUGGACUUAUCUUCCUCCCGAGGAAUCAGACAAAAAGUUUGAUAACAAAUUAAAUUCACAGUUACAACCCAACAUAACGUUAGAAACCAAUUCAUCUCUAACGAACUCUGAUUCUCCUUUAAAUGUCAAUGUCAUUACUACCACUAUAAAUCCAUUGGCGCCACCAAUAACUACCAGAUUUCCUGAAGCUGAAAAGAAACAAUCCUUGCCAAUAAUGUCGGCAAUAAACGGAACAACUUUACUACCUUUACCUCCGUUACCUCCCCGACCAACAACGGUUCCACCUCCACCGGAAGAAAUUAACUCGGCCGCUAUUGCCUCACUAGCCGGUGGCGGUUUAGGAAAAUGACUUUUACUAACAAUCAACCGUUUUCCACUUGCAUAAACUUACAAAAUCAAAUU